AGGGCUGGACGGAGGGGAGAGAGGAGGGAUCGUGGUGCAGAAGUUGUGUUUGUGUGAAGAGCGUGCACCGAGUCCAGCCUGUGCUUCAACACCGCUGGAAACCAGCGGCUGGUGUUUACUGAGCAGACUGUCUUCAUCAUCAUCAUCAUCAUCAUAGUCAUCACCAGAAUCUUUUCUGCACUGACAGCUUCGUCAAACGUCCUUCUACCGAUGGAUUUCUCUUGGAAACAGUGCAGCGUCCUCCUGCUGCUGCUCUUCGCUGUGAAAGGUUGCUUCACGUCAAAAGCAGAGGACAGAUUAUUUCGAAGAUUGUUCCGCAGAUACAACCAGUUCAUCCGACCGGUGGAGAAUGUAUCCGAUCCAGUCACAGUAGAGUUCGAGGUCUCUAUUUCUCAGCUGGUUAAAGUGGAUGAGGUGAACCAGAUCAUGGAAACCAAUCUGUGGCUGAGACACGUAUGGAACGAUUACAAACUGAAAUGGAUGCCAAUUGAAUUUGAGGGAAUUGAGUCAAUACGUGUUCCUUCAAACAAAAUAUGGAGACCAGACAUUGUUUUAUACAACAACGCUGUGGGAGAUUUCCUUGUUGAAGACAAAACCAAGGCUCUGCUGAAGUUUGACGGCACCAUUACCUGGGUUCCACCGGCUAUCUUCAAAUCCUCUUGUCCCAUGGACAUCACCUACUUUCCGUUCGACUACCAGAACUGCUCUAUGAAGUUCGGUUCCUGGACGUACGACAAGGCCAAGAUCGACCUCGUCCUCAUAGGCUCAAAGGUUAACGUGAAAGACUUCUGGGAGAGUGGCGAGUGGGAGAUCAUCGACGCACCGGGGUACAAGCACGACAUCAAGUAUAACUGCUGUGAGGAGAUCUACACUGACAUCACCUACUCCUUCUACAUUCGCCGCCUUCCGCUCUUCUACACAAUCAACCUCAUCAUCCCGUGCCUCCUCAUCUCCUUCCUCACAGUCCUGGUGUUUUACCUCCCAUCCGACUGUGGCGAGAAGGUCACCCUGUGUAUCUCCGUCCUGCUCUCGCUCACUGUGUUCCUGCUGGUCAUCACUGAGACCAUACCUUCAACGUCACUGGUGAUCCCUCUGAUUGGAGAGUACCUCCUGUUCACCAUGAUUUUUGUCACACUCAGCAUCGUCAUCACUGUCUUUGUGCUGAACGUCCACUAUCGCACACCAAUGACUCACACCAUGCCCAACUGGGUGCGGGCAGUGUUCCUUAGAGUGCUGCCCAGGGUGAUGUUGAUGAAGAGGCCCAUUGACCAGAGCUGCUCCUCACCGGCUGUCACAGCAGGAGCAGGAGGAGGAACAGCUACAGGAGGAGUAAAGAAGAAGAGGAGAAACAGCAUCAUGGGAGGAAGUACUUGUAGCUCAGGAAGUCUGAGCGUGGGAGGAAUAACUGGAGGUAUGAGCUGUCCAUCACUGGAUGGUGCAGGAGGAGGAGAAGGAGCUGAACGAGGAGGAGGAGGAGGAGCCGUUAACUGCAUGGAGUACGCUAACAUAAACCGCGAUAUGAAACGUGACAUAAACAGAAGGUUUCCUUACAGAGGAAAGGAGGUACCCACUCCUGUCCCUCCACCUCUGGUACCUCCACCUCCCCCUCUUCCUCCUCCGGGUCCUCAGUCCCAGGGUCCCCAGGAAUCAGAGCUGCCAAAGCUGCCCAGGGCCCUGAAGGCCUCAUCGCCUGUCAACACCGUCGUUGCUUUCUCCGUGGUGUCACCAGAAAUCAAACAGGCCAUAGAAAGUGUCAAGUACAUCGCAGAGAACAUGAGGAUUCGCAACAAGGCCAAAGAGGUGGAAGACGACUGGAAGUACGUUGCCAUGGUCAUCGACAGGAUCUUCUUGUGGGUUUUUGUGACAGUGUGCGUUCUGGGAACAAUAGGACUCUUCCUCCAACCACUGAUCAGCUUCUUAAAAUAAGAAACAUCUCCGUGUCUUUUUAUUUCUCCCUCUUGUCUCAUUUUGUUUUCCCUUUAAUAAGUUUAAAUGAAGUAUGAGACUAGUCUGUUCAAUUCUUAUUUAUUUUUUAGUUGUAUUAUAAUUUACUUAACACUAUUAUAUUAUGAAAGACAAGGAAAAUAAUUAGUCUAGUACUGAAAAACUUCAUUUUAUUUGGUAAUUAUAAACUAAUUUAGAUAUUAAUGACACCUACAAUAAGGCAGAGGUGAGUCUGUUUUAAUUAGACUUUUGGGAACACAGCUGCUGAGAAGUCAGGGAUCACAUUUGUUUCUGAUACUGAAUUUCCUAAUGGGG